UGCAUCGUGAUUGGCUGGAGUCAUUUCCGUGUUAUUACAGUAGCAGAGGCUCCGCGGAUGUGCGUUUAGGUCUUGUGUUUUUACCUGAACAGCCUCCUCUUUUGUCUGUGUGUGGAGCUCAGCCUGUGUCCGAGGGCCGAUCUGUGAAGAUGGCGCAGUGGUACCAGCUGCAGAUGCUGGACUGUAAGUACCUGGAGCAGGUGGACCAGCUCUAUGACGACUCCUUCCCCAUGGACAUCAGGCAGUACCUCAGCAAGUGGAUCGAGAGCAUCGACUGGGAGGCAGUGGCGUUCAACGACUCCCUGGCCACGGUGCGCUUCCACGAGCUGCUGUCCCAACUGGAUGACCAGCACAGCCGCUUCGCCCUGGAGAACAACUUCCUACUCCAACACAACAUCCGCAAGAUCAAGAGGAAUCUGCAGGACCGCUUUCAAGAAGACCCGAUCCACAUGGCCAUGAUCAUCUCCAGGAACCUGAAGGAGGAGCAGAAGAUCCUGGAGAUAGCCAAAAGUGCAGAGCAGGAGGGAGAGGGCACCGUGUCGGCCAUGGUUGUGGAGAAGCAGAAGCUGGACAACAAAGUCAAAGAGAUGAAGGAGAAAGUUCAGUCUGCAGAUCAGAACAUCAAGACUCUAGAAGACCUGCAGGAUGAGUAUGACUUCAAAAUGAACACGUUUAAGAACACAGAAAACGAGAAGAACGGGAUGACACCGAAGGAACUGGAGAGAGAGAAGAUGAACCUCAGCAGGAUGUGUCUGGACGUCAAAGCCAAACGACAGGAUGUGGUGGCUAAGCUGGGGGAGCUGCUGAGCCUGAGCCAGGGUCUAGUGUCAGACCUGGUGUCCGAGGAGCUGCCCGAGUGGAAGCAGAGGCAGCAGAUCGCCUGUAUCGGAGGACCUCCCAACGCCUGUGUGGACCAACUGCAGAACUGGUUCACCGCUGUGGCCGAGUGCCUCCAGCAGGUCCGCCAGCACCUCAAGAAGCUCCAGGAGCAGGAGCAGAUGUUCACUUACGACUGCGACCCCAUCACCCAGAAGAAGGCUUUACUAGAGGCCCGGGCCCUGGAGCUGCUCAAGAACCUGCUCUCCAACGCCCUGGUGGUGGAGAGGCAGCCCUGCAUGCCCACUCACCCACAGAGGCCCCUGGUGCUCAAGACGGGUGUCCAGUUCACUGUAAAACUAAGAUUCUUGGUGAAACUGCCAGAAUUCAACUACCAACUCAAAGUCAAGGCACUGUUUGACAAGGAUGUGACCGAUAAGAAAGGAAUCCGUAAAUUCAACAUUCUGGGAACAAAUACCAAAGUGAUGAACAUGGAGGAGUCCAAUGGCAGUCUAGCAGCAGAGUUCAGACACUUGCAACUGAAAGAGCAAAAAGUAGCAGGAAACAAACAUAACGAGGUUCCUCUCAUUGUAACCGAAGAGCUUCACUCUUUGAGCUUUGAGUCAGAGCUGCAGCUGAACCAAAGUGGCCUGAACAUCCGACUGGAGGCCAUGUCUCUGCCCGUGGUGGUCAUCUCAAACGUGUGCCAGCUGCCCAGUGGGUGGGCGUCUAUCCUCUGGUACAACAUGCUCACCACCGAGCCAAAGAAUCUGAAGUUCUUCCUGUCUCCUCCGGCUGCCAAGUGGUCCCAGUUAUCGGAGGUCCUGAGCUGGCAGUUCUCCUCUGUCACCAAAAGGGGACUCAACCAGGAGCAGCUCAACAUGCUCGCAGACAAACUAUUAGGAGCCAAAGCCAAGGGUAACCCAGAUGGACUCAUUCCCUGGACAAAGUUUUGUAAGCAAAGCGCCAUGGAGAAAACCUUCCCAUUCUGGCUGUGGAUUGAAGGAAUCCUGGACCUGAUCAAACGUCACCUCCUCUCCCAGUGGAACGACGGCUCCAUCAUGGGCUUCAUCAGUAAGGAGCGAGAGAAGCACCUGCUCAGUGACAAGUGCCCCGGAACCUUCCUCCUGCGCUUCAGCGAGAGCAGCAGAGAGGGCGCCAUCACCUUCACCUGGAUCGAACACGAUGUACACGGAAAGCCAGUGUACCGUUCAGUGGAGCCGUACACAAAGAAGGAGCUGUUUGCGGUGACUCUGCCGGACAUCAUCCGCACGUACAAAGUGAUGGCCGUGGAGAACAUCCCCGAGAACCCCCUGCGCUUCCUCUACCCCAACAUCCCCAAAGACAAGGCCUUUGGGAAGUAUAGCAAGCCCACCGAGACUCAAGAGCCCAUGGACGUGGAGAACACUGAGAAGAGCGGCUACAUGAAGACAGAGCUCAUAUCUGUGUCGGAAGUACAUCCCUCCAGAAUGCAGGACACCAUGAUGCCCAUGUCUCCAGACGACUACAAGGUCCUGGAGCAGGUGGUGGGUCACAGAGACAUAGACGCCAUGGCCAACAACCUGCUGGGAUAUGGGGAGUUUGACGUUCAGAUGAGCGCAGAAUUCCAGGAUGAAAACUGAACAGUCUGGAUAUUUUGGACUCUUCUAAAUACUCCAAAUGUUAUGCGCCCGGGCCUUAAAUGGAUUGUGUCAUAGGUACACAGUAAACUACAUUACCAUGAUCCUUUGCUCCAUUUCAGUAUGACCAGUAUAUAUAUAAAAUACUGCUUACCAUGUUUUAUGCUAUUUUAAAAUAUGAAAGUAAAUAUUUCACUUUUCACUUUUCAAAGGCUGUACUGUGAACCACCCAACAAUGUAGAAAUACAGCAGAGUGAUCUUAAUGACAUAAUAAUACAAAACCAAGUAAUCAGCUAUUCUCAUUUUGAAUAUUCACUUUUGUACAUACAAUUUUGCCACACUCUCUCAAUAAACCAGUUCAUUUGUACUCAAGUGAAGUACUGCUACAGGCCGAUAAUCUACUCAAUUACAAGUGGAAGUACUGCUGCUAAAAUUGUACUUAAGUAAAAGUAAAAGUGAAAUAAUACAGUUUUGGACAAUCCGAGUGUGUUUGGGUUUGGAUGGGCAAUUGGGACAUGUGCAGUAACUUUUAUAAUUUAAAAAGUAACAUUUACACAGCUAAAAUGAGACUCAAUUACAAGUACAGAUGUAGGUUAAAAAUCUACUCAUAAAAGUACAAUUACUCCAAAAUCCACUCAAUUACAGUAAUGUGAGUAUUUAUAAUUAGUAACGUCCACCCUUGAGUAAAUGAAUAGGAGAAUGAACGGUUAAAAGUGCCUGGUUUUAAAUUUAAAGGUGCACUGUGUAACUUUUCAUCUGCCACCUGCUUGUCUCAUUUUGAUGCUAUUUUGUCUGGUAUGUUCCUUUAUAUGACUAUUCAAAAAUUCCAAAAAGUUUAUUGUCAGUUCUUCAUAGGAAACAUAUGAAGAAUCGAAAUAGUGUUUCUCUUUCCCAAGUGUAUAAAUAAAUAAAUAAAUAAUACAUGGAAAAGUUCAGGUGUUCUUUGGGGAAACGCCGAUUCCUAACUCUUCCUAUCUUGUGUUUAUUCACUUACGGGUGUUUUUCUUGCUCUAAAAUAUCUUGAACAUCUUGGUCUUGUGGCGCUUGUUUCCGUGGAGAUAGAAAGUUAAAACCACACUUAGGAACUUUUCCUAUUAAGACUAAUUGAGUCAGUUAAGUUUAAGAUCACUGUCCUUCAAACAAGAGACAAACAAAUGGCAGAAAAAUUAUGCUGUGCACCUUUAAAUAUUGUGUACGUGUUUUCUGAAAUGCUGUGAAUGAUUUUUGAAGUCUCUUUUGAUCCUAAAAUACUUAUGCCCACUUUUAGUUUAUUUUACUCAUGUUUAUAUUACUGACACUGUGGUAGUUGUGGAUAAUACUCAAUAAUAUGUGAUAAAGUGUUCCAUAAAAAAUGACAUGUAAAUAUUAAAAACUUUUUUGCACAUUGAAACUGUAAUGUUGUUGUGUGAAAUGUGUGUCAAAAUGCACUUGAGUCCCUCCAAUCAAACUGUAAACUAUUAAAAGUAGAAAAUAACUGGAA